UUAGCAGUUAUCAGAGAUGGAGGAAAUCUGGCUGUUGGGAAGAUAUUCAAAGACGCACCAGGAAGAGGAAGCCGAUUGGUGAGUGCGCACUCGGUUAUGAAUGGACGUUUCCAAUGGCUUUUUCAGGCCCAAAUAAAGACAGUAUCCGAGCAGGAUGCAAGAAGUGUGGAUAUCCCGGCCAUCUAACUUUUGAAUGUCGAAAUUUUGUCCGUGUGGAUCCUCAAAAAGACAUUGUUCUAGAUGUCAGUAGUACCAGCAGUGAAGACUCUGAGGAGGAAGAGGAACUUCAGCAGCUGCAAGAUAUUAUUAACAAAAAGGAAUCAAAACCAGAUGAUGAAAAGAAAGACCAUUACAAGAAGAAAAGGAAAGAUAAGAGAGAUGAAUGCAGAAAAAGAUCUCGUUCAUCCAGUGAAGACAGAAGUGAGAAAAGGAGCAAGAAACACACUGUUCUUAAGAGGAAAAAGAAAACGAACAAAAGAAAGCACAAGCAUCACCAAAAAGUGAAAAAGAAAAAAGACCGUACUUCUCCUUCAUCAUCUUCAUCAGAAAGUUCUAGUUCCUCUUCAAAUGGUGAUUAAUGCUGUACACUGUUGGAGUCCCAAAUCGAUGCUGGGAAGCACUUUGUUUUAAAUGCUUUCCGUCAUAGAGAAAAAGGCUCCUGUUUUCAUGAAUACUUCUUUCUUUAUUAGAGAUGUUGGCAGAUUGUCUAAAUGCGUGAUCAAUAUAUAUUUUACUUCAUUGGAAAUUUUGUUUGUAAUUUGCUUUUUAUGCUGAAUUUUACAUGGACAGUUCUUAAUAUCAUUUGUUGAAAAUUCAAAUGGCUGUUACCAAUGAAGCAUUAUCAAGAUAGCAUUUGUGUCUUUUGAUACCUCAAGAUCAAUAUUUGAUUAAUUACACAAAUUACCUGAAACACUCAAACCAAUAUGACAUAAACAUUUAGUGAUAUUUCAAUAUUUAUAUGGAUUUUUUUUUACAGCUUUCCAAUACAAUCAAUAUAGUUACCGGAUUUAUCUGUGUAUAUAGAAAUAUAUGAAACCUUUCUUUA